UUCCUGCUUCUACCUGCAAUCUUCCUCUCCCACACAGAGAGCUAGCAGGCUGUGCUGGAGUGGUACCUCUGUCUGCCAUGAAGGUUACGGGGGUUUUUGUAAAGGCGGCUCUAGCUCUUUGCUGCUGCUUAGGUAUUGCCUUUGGAACUGAGGUUGAUUGCAGCCAAUAUGCUGGUAGUGUCACCAAGGAUGGGAAAAUCUUGGUAGCUUGCCCAAGGAACUUGGCACCAGUCUGUGGCACCGACGGCACCACGUACAGCAAUGAGUGUGGGAUCUGCCUCCACAACCAUGAACAUGGAACCAGUGUGAAGAAGGCACAUGAUGGGGAGUGCAAGCCAAAAUCUAUCCAGAUCGACUGCAGUAGGUACCGGACUGCUGUGGCAGAUGAUGGUCACAUCAUAGUAGCGUGCCCAAGGAUACUGAAACCAGUCUGUGGCUCAGAUAGCUUCACUUACGACAACGAAUGUGGGAUCUGUGCCUAUAACGCAGAACAUCAAACCAAUGUUAGCAAACUGCAUGAUGGAGAAUGCAAGCACGUUGCCACUAUUGACUGCAACGAGUACCCAACAGCAAAGACUGAAGAUGGCAAAGUGUUAGUAUCCUGUCCAAGGAUCCUGAGUCCGGUGUGCGGCACAGAUGGCGUUACGUAUGAUAAUGAAUGUGGGAUCUGUGCCCACAAUGGAGAACACAGGACCCAUGUUGGCAAAAAACAUGACGGAAAAUGCAAACAGGAGACUUCUGAGGUUGACUGUGGUCAAUACCCAUCCAAAAUGACUAAGGGUGGUAAAGCCCUGCUACGCUGCCCACGGAUCCUGCUCCCAGUCUGUGGCACAGAUGGAUACACUUAUGACAACGAAUGUGGCCUCUGUGCCCAUAACCUAGAACAUGGGACUCAAGUUAAGAAAAGCCAUGAGGGAAGAUGCAAGGAGGAAAGUACUCCUAUUGACUGCAGCACAUACCUGAGCAAUACCAAAACUGGCGAAGCCAUUGCAGCCUGCCCCUUCAUCCUGCGUGAGAUCUGUGGGACAGAUGGUGUCACCUACAGCAACGACUGUGCGCUCUGUGCCCAUAACAUUGAAUAUGGAACCAACGUUGCCAAGAAACAUGAUGGGAGGUGCACAGAGGAAGCUCCCCAACUCGACUGCAGCCGUUACCCAACGUCCACGCUGAAGGAUGGCAGAGAGCUGAUGGCCUGCACCAUGAUCUACGACCCCGUCUGCGGUACCGACGGCGUCACCUACGCCAGCGAGUGUGUGCUGUGUGCCCACAACCUGGAGCAUCGGACCACUCUUGGCAAAAGGAAGCAUGGACGCUGUGAAGCGGAUAUUACAAAAGAGCAUUGUAAGGACGUCCAAGAAGUCUCUCCUAUAUGUACCAUGGAAUACAUGCCCCACUGUGGCUCUGAUGGCAAAACAUAUGGCAACAGAUGUCUUUUCUGCAAUGCCUAUGUGGAAAGCAGUAGGACUCUCAACCUCAUGAGUAUGACUGAGUGCUAA